ACAAAUAACAAACACUUUCCCUCUCCCUCUGCAAAAAAAAGAAAAAAUUAUAUUCAAAAACAAAGCUUAAGCAAAUAAACCCUAACAAUGGUGGUAGCCGUUGAUUCUAACGAGAAGAAAAGUGGAAGCAAUCUUAAGUUCCUAUGCAGUUACGGCGGUAAAAUUCUCCCUCGCUCCACCGACGGGAAGCUCCGUUAUGUCGGAGGUCACACCAGAGUCCUCUCCGUUGAUCCUUCCAUCUCUUUUGAAGAGCUAAUGAAGAAACUAAUUGAAUUCUGCGGAUACGCCGUCGAUCUCCGAUGUCAGUUACCUAACGGCGAUCUCGAAACUCUAAUCUCCGUUAAAUCAGACGAGGAACUAACAAACAUCGUCGAAGAGUACAAUCACGUCUCUGGAGCCAAGAUCCGCGCCGUUCUAUCCCCUCCGCGGAGUUCAAAAUCGUCAUCGUCGUGUUCUAGCGGCGGCGGUGGUGAUCGAUCUCCGGAAUCUCCGUUCUCCGUCACGCCUUCUCCGCCGAACUCUCCUUACGGGAGAUACCUACAGUCUCGGUAUUGUUUACCUCCAACGGAUCUUGGGAGAAGAUCCAAUCAAAGAUCCGGAGAAUCGUAUUGCUACGCUUGUCGUGUUCACAAAGGCUCUAGACUCAUCUGGCAUUGAAAGGAAACUUUGGACGAUGAUGAUGACAAAGAAUUAAAAAUAAAGAAAUUAAAAUUUAAGUUUGUGUGAUAUUUUUGGUUUGAGAAGAGAAGAGAAUUAAAAUAUUUUCCUUUUCUAUUAGUGGUGGUGAGACGUGACCAGCGGUGAAAAUUUAUUUUAGACGGAGAACCAGACGAACCGUUAGAGUUGCCGUUACUAUUUGUUCGCACGUACGACGUUGUUUUUUUAUAUACGUGAUACGUGGCGGGAACUGGGAGAGUGUAUCGUGUCUUCUGUCGGAGAAUGUUGACGCGUGUAGGCUAGUGGAUUCGUUAGUUUAGUACGUGUCUGAAUUGUUUUAUUUUUUUGUUUUACUUAACGAGGUUUAUUUUUGUUUUGGGCCUUUUGGCUUCUUUGAUAAUGACAGAAGUAGUUAUUAUCUUGUUUCAAUUUUUUAAGCCCAAUUGAGAAAAAACAAUUGUUAAAUAUUUAUUUUAAUGUCCU